CUGUAGACACUAACAGCACUGGGUACAAAUCUACUGGGACGCUUUUAAGGUUUAUUAUAUUGAUAAGCAUAGUGACUAUUAUUAUUAGUCACCCGUUUCCUGGGUGACUAAUAAUAAUAACAGGGCUCUCUCCGGGAAACAUGCAACACGAUAGAAAGAGGUCAAAACGUGAGCACGGUGCUGUGAUUGGAUGAGACGUAUGAAACCGUUUGUGUUUGAGACUCUCUUCUUGAUUUGAUCCCAUUUCUGUGUCUUGAGACCUUACUGGUUUAUUCUAGCACAUAAACACGUUAAAGAUAUUUCCUGUUGCUACAUUUACUUUUUGGCGGCGACAGAGCACUGGCUCUGUCCGUCUCUGUCGUUGUGUCUUUGGGCAAGGCACCUCACCAACUUGACUGAAUGUAGUGGGAAGCACAUUAGAGUGCUCUGGACUUGAUAAAGAACUAUACAAGUACAGUUAGUGAUGGAGCCAUCAGAGGACACUGGAUCGAACUUGGCUACCCAGGAGGUCAACCCUGUGUUCCUGCAGCAGCUCCGAGAGCUGGACAUCCCUGAGGAGGCAGCAAAACAGGCACUACUGCACACUCGGAACGUGUCGGCUGAGGAGGCGGCCAUGUACUACUUCAACAAACUGGAGAAUGAGGAGGAGGGGGACGAGGACCUCUUGUUCAAAAUGGUGUUUGUGGUUAACAUGGACCUCGGCAUGGGUGUUGGAAAGAUUGCUGCCCAGGUGGGCCAUGCUGCGGUGGGUUUGUACCAGGCUCUACAGGAGAAGAACAGCUGGCGGGAGAUGGCCUGGAAGUGGGACCAGAGUGGGGCCAAGAAGGUGGUGCUCCAAGGCACUAACGUGGCCCACCUGCUGGAGCUGCAGGCCCUGGCCCUGAGCCUCAAUCUGCCCACCUACCUGGUCCAGGAUGCAGGUCUCACCCAGGUGGAGUCCGGCUCCCGCACCAUCCUGGCCAUCAUGGGAGCAGAGGAAAUGGUGAACAACGUCACCGGUAGUCUGAAGCUGCUUUGAGUUGUUUGGAGACAAGUCUCUGCAGUGGCACACAACCACCAGGAGGGGGCAGCCUUUCUUAGCAGCAGGAGAACUGCAGUCAAGCAUGACCUAAAACCCUUUCAGAAUAAUAAUAAUAAUUUAAAAAACACACACACAGAAAACACCUCCUCCCCCAGCACCAUUCCUCUUUCUGUCACUUUUCCCCUCAGCUGCUUAAUUGGACAUUCCUGUGAGACCACCUACUAGCAAAACAGUUGAUUCCUUUGGUUCAUUUUUCUUCCUUAAAUGGUAACGGUUUAAUAUAAAGUAACUGAUGGGAUGUUCACAUGAAGAUUUUAAUGGUGGUGUUUGUGUACAGCUGAAGUUCCCUGUUGAUAUCAUUUCUGGUGUUAUGGUUGUGUACGUGUUUUUUUUAUGGCCAUGUGAUGUGCCAUUUUUAUCAAAAAUAAGAAGCUGCUGGUUUUUGUUUGAGAUAAAAUGAGUAAAUCUUCCAUUCUGUUUUCCAGCUUAACAUUUAAAGAAGCCACAACCUGGCCCCAAAGCUUACCCUGCAAACAUUUGGACUUGCUCUAAAAACUGCUGCCACAAAUGGUGUGUCUAGGUUCUUUAAAAAAAAAAAAGUGUAUUUGUGGGGCAUAAUAAAGAAUUCAUGGGUUCAAGCCCAUGUUGUUGAUUAUAGUGUCACAAUGUACAUUGAAACUACAGUGUUUGUUCUGCAAUGUUAAAAUGCAUGAAAUACAAAAUGUUACAAUGUGAAUUAUAAAGUUGACAGACAUUCAUUGCUUUGUUGUGUCAGGUGAUCAUUAAAACACCUCAACAUUA